UCGAGAUGUUCGCUGUGCACCUGCUCUCCUUUUAUUUCUCCAAACUUAAGGAGGAUCAGAUCAAGAAGGUGGACAGGUUCCUGUACGCCAUGCGUCUCUCAGACGACCAGCUUCUGGACAUCUCUGCUCGUUUCCGGGCUGAGAUGGAGAAGGGACUCAACGGGGAAAGCAACCCAACGGCCGCAGUGAAAAUGCUGCCCACCCAUGUCCUCUCAACCCCUGAUGGAUCAGAGAAAGGAGAGUUCCUGGCACUGGACCUUGGGGGCUCUAGGUUCAAAGUGCUGCAGGUAAAGGUGUCUGAGGAUGGUAAGCAGAAGGUGGAGAUGGAGAGCCAGACCUAUCCAAUCCCAGAGGAGGUUGUCAAUGGCAGAGGCGCAGAUGUGAGUUUUUUUUAUACUUUUCUGUUUAAUCAUGUGGCAGAGUCCCUAAAGGAUUUCAUGCAGAAGAAUCACAUCAAUCAGAAGAAAAAACCACUGGGCUUCACUUUCUCCUUCCCGUGCAGACAGUCCAAGCUGGAUGAGGGUGUGCUACUGUCCUGGUCAAAGAAUUACAAGGCCAGAGGGGUGCAAGGAACAAAUGUGGUGGAGUCCUUAAGGCAGGCCAUCGCCCGAGCUGGGGGAAUGGAUGUGGAGGUUCUGGCCCUGGUCAAUGACACAGUGGGCACCAUGAUGACUUGCGGAUAUGAUGACCAGCACUGUGAGGUUGGAGUUAUCGUCGGCACAGGCACCAACGCUUGCUACAUGGAGGAGCUGAGGCACAUCGACCUGGUGGAGGGGGACGAGGGCAGGAUGUGCAUCAACACCGAGUGGGGGGCGUUCGGGGACGACGGUUCUCUCGAUGACUUUAUCACAGACUUCGAUAGAGAGAUCGAUGCGGCUUCUAUCAACCCUGGAAAGCAACUGUUUGAGAAAAUGGUAAGUGGGAUGUACAUGGGCGAGCUGGUGAGGCUCAUUCUGCUGAAGAUGUCCAAGCAGGGCCUGCUGUUUGAGGGCCGGGCUUCAGACGCUCUGCGAACCAAAGGCAAAUUCCAGACCAAACACGUUGCUUUGAUUGAAAAAUAUAAGGAAGGCCUGAAGAAUACGAGGGACAUCCUGCAGGACCUGGGUUUGAAUCCCUCUGAGGAUGACUGCGUGGCCGUGCAACACGUCUGCACCAUCGUGUCCUUCAGAUCGGCCAACCUUUGUGCCGCCGCCCUUGCAGCCAUCCUAACCCGUCUCCGUGAAAACCGCAAGCAGAAAACCCUGAGGACCACCGUGGGGGUGGAUGGGACGGUCUACAGGACGCAUCCUCAGUACCCCAAGCGGCUCCACAAAGUGGUGCGGCGGCUGGUGCCCGAGUGUCACGUGCGCUUCGUGCUGUCGGAGAGCGGCAGCGGGAAGGGGGCCGCCAUGGUGACAGCCGUGGCCCAGAGGCUGGUCGCCCAGCGCAGGGAGGUCGACGACACUCUGGCCCCCUUCGCCCUGACGCGGCAGCAGCUGCAGCAGGUCCGGGACAGGAUGCGCGAGGGGCUGGAGCGGGGGUUGAAGAAGGACACGCACAGCACGGCCUCCGUCAAGAUGCUGCCCUCGUAUGUGUACAGAACCCCCGAUGGGACAGAAACAGGAAAGUACCUGGCUUUAGAUCUGGGGGGAACCAACUUUCGCGUGCUGGUGGUGAAGAUCAGGACUGGGUUACGCAAGUCUGUUCGCAUGUACAACAAGAUCUAUGCUAUUCCCCUGGAGAUCAUGCAGGGCACUGGAGAGGAGCUGUUCGACCACAUUGUUCAGUGCAUCUCAGACUUCCUUGACUACAUGGGUAUGAAGAACACUUGUCUCCCUCUUGGAUUCACAUUCUCCUUCCCUUGCAGACAGACUGGAAUCGAUAAGGGAAGUUUGGUCAGCUGGACUAAAGGCUUCAAAGCGACAGACUGUGAGGGAAAUGACGUCGUGGACAUGCUGAGAGAGGCCAUCAAAAGAAGAAAUGAGUUUGAAUUGGACAUUGUUGCGGUGGUGAACGACACAGUAGGCACAAUGAUGACAUGUGCUUAUGAAGACCCUGAAUGUGAGAUAGGACUCAUUGCAGGGACGGGCAGUAACGUGUGCUACAUGGAGGAGAUGAGGAACAUCGAGACGGUGGAGGGGGACGAGGGUCGGAUGUGCGUGAACACAGAAUGGGGGGGCCUCGGGGAGAACGGGUGUCUGGAGGAUAUCAGGACUAAGUAUGACAGGGAGGUGGACGAGGGGUCCCUCAACGUAGGGAAACAGAGGUUCGAGAAGAUGACUAGCGGUAUGUACCUAGGUGAAAUCGUCAGGCAGAUCCUCACCGACCUCACAAAACGAGGCUUGCUCUUCCGAGGACACAUCACUGAGUGCCUGAAGACCCGGGGCAUCUUUGAGACCAAGUUCCUUUCCCAGAUUGAGAGUGACCGUCUAGCGCUGCUGCAGGUGAGGUCCAUUCUGAAGAACCUGGGUCUGGACAGCACCUGUGACGACAGCAUCAUCGUGAAGGAGGUGUGCGGCGCCGUGUCUCGUCGGGCGGCCCAGCUGUGCGGCGCUGGCAUGGCCGCAGUGGUCGAGAAGAUCCGCGAAAACCGAGGACUGGACCACCUGAACGUCACCGUGGGGGUGGACGGGACCCUCUACAAACUCCACCCACACUUCUCCAGAAUCCUGAAAGACACGGUCAGGGAGUUGGCUCCCAAGUGUGACGUCACCUUCGUGCUGUCAGAGGAUGGGAGUGGGAAAGGCGCUGCCCUCAUCACUGCUGUUGCACGUGGGGAAACAUAACCUAUGACCUGACUGUCCCUGUUCAAACCACACUGUGACCUAACCGUGUCCUGUUCAAACCACGCUGUGACCGGACUGUGCCCUGUCCAAACCACACUAUGACCGGUCCAUCUCCUGUUCAAACCACACUGCUGACAGGACCGUCCCCUGUUCAAACCACGCUGUGACCGGACUGUCCCCUGUCCAAACCACACC